AUGUCAAUAAACCAAAAAUUUACAGCCGAUGGCAUCGAUUUUUAUUCACAAACGCCUGAUGCCGCGUAUUUCAAUGCCGCUGACGGCAAAAAUAAAGUUAACAGAAUAAGUAACAACUCGGGCAAUUUGCACCGCUCUUUUGCAUCAGAUUGCCGUAGAUCAUCUCUUUCAGUGGACUUUCAUGUCACCUCAUCGGAUUCAGAAAAAAGCGAACAAACCUACUUUGAAAGCAAACCCCAAGACGACCAAUAUUUUAGUGACGUUUUUUCCACCGGAUUGGAAUUAAAUGAAAUUCCCGGCCCGUCAAACCACUAUUCCAGUUUAAGUUAUCGGUACCCCGAACAAUUAGAGUUGCACAAUUAUAAAUUACUUAGUCAAAUCGGUGAAGGGGCAUUUUCCAGAGUAUUCAAAGCAGUAGAAAUCGACAGGGAUGACCAAGCUCCUGUAGCCAUCAAAGUAAUCACGAAGAAAAGCAUUUUGAGCGAUGAAAUCUUAAAUGAGAACGAUGGAAUUCAAGGCUCCAGUAGAAAGAAAGUCAUGAACGAAAUUGCCAUCCAUAAGUUGGUUUCAAAAAACAACCCGCAUUGUACAAAAUUUAUCGCCUUCCAAGAGUCGACCAACUACUAUUAUUUAGUGUCAGAGUUAGUCACUGGUGGGGAAAUAUUUGAUAAGAUCGUCCAACUAACUUUCUUCAGUGAAGACUUAGCUCGUCAUGUCAUUUCGCAAGUGGCAAUAGCAGUCAAGCAUAUGCACUACAUGGGUAUUGUUCAUCGUGAUGUGAAACCAGAAAACUUACUAUUUGAACCUAUCCCAUUUUAUGGCUGUGGUGGGGACGUACAAAAAGAGGACAAAUUUACAUUAGGUGUCGGUGGGGGUGGUAUUGGCUUAGUGAAGUUAAUGGACUUCGGAUUAGCUAAGAAGAUUCGUAACACUACCGCAAAAACUCCCUGCGGAACGACAGAAUACGCCGCACCAGAAAUAUUCAACUCCAAAGAAUACUCUACGAAAGUUGAUAUGUGGAGUAUUGGUUGCGUAUUAUUCACAUUAUUAUGUGGAUACCCUCCAUUUUACGAAAAGAACCAAGAAAUAUUAAUAAAGAAAAUUUCAAAAGGAGACUACGAAUUCUUGGAGCCAUGGUGGGAUAACAUAAGCCCUGGUGCUAAGAACGCAGUUACCCAUCUUUUGGAAGUUGACCCAAGCAAAAGAUACGAUAUCGACGACUUCCUGAAUGACCCUUGGUUAAAUUCGUACGAUUGCUUGAAAUCCGCACACUCGCAUUCGUAUGCUAGCGUAGAAAGCACACUAAAUGUUUCAUUCGACGAGAGAACGGAGGCGCUACAUUCUGCAUUGAGCUGCCAAUCUCAAAAGCAAGAUGACGCCAAAUCUUCCAGCAGUGGAAGCUCGGAAUACAUAUUUACGGCCGAAGAAGACGGGCAUCUAAGGGGCAGUUGGACUGGUGAGCUCAGGGGACGUUUUACUUUAGACCUCACAAGGUCAUCUGUGUACCGAAGAAGGAAGAACAAAAUUUUUUUCUGGUAA